ACGCACAAGGGAAAAAAAAAAUUACUCCCCCGCUCCCAGGCCACUUCUUCUAUUUCUCUCUCCGCGUGCAGAUCGUUCCUCUCUCACUCUCUCUCUAGAUCUUCUGCUGCAGAGUCCUGAAAUUCGUUCGGACAACCGUUGCUUCAGUCCCAUUCUUUCCGGAGGAGAUUCUGUCUUGUUCUUAAUCCAAAGGUUAUGCAGUUUGGUAGAAUAGAAGGUGGAUGCCAUUUCAGUAUAUAAAGAUGCCUUGGACUUCCUUCUUCGUGUUUUUCAACAGGGCUUGCACUCGUUUGGUCGUCUUCUUCCUCGUGAUUCUGUAAUUGGGCAUUUUCUGGUGUUGUUUUAAGGACAUUAGAGCUGUUUUCUAUUGAUUUCUGUUUGCUCGGUGUGAGAAUGUGCAUUGCCAGAAACAGAAAGGAACAGCGAGCCGUGAAGGACGUAGGGAGAAUUAUAAUGACUAUAUGUUUCGUUGCUAAUUACCAAUCAGUAGAAGUUUGUCAGGCUGAGUAUUUCCGGCAGUUGCUUAAGCCUGUUACGUAGUCGGGUUUUAGUGAUAUACAGAAAUUCGGGUUUCGGAAAGGCUAUCGACACUAAUUUGAUCUGAAGAGCUGUGUGGAGAUUUCGAAUUCUGUUUGAAAGAUUCUGGUUUGGGAUAUAGAGAAAACAUCCGGAAAUUCGGGUUUUGGGACAGGAAAAAAAAGCUCUGGUGGGGAUUCUCGAUUCGAUAUCUUCGGUGUGAUGGGGGUAACUUGAUUUGCUGUGCAGUUCAAUUCUUGGUUUGGAGUCGGAGCUAAACGGCGGAAAAGUUUGAAAAGGUCAUCUAGUAGAGUAGAAAGUAAGCAGCUUUCAGUUUGAGGUGAACAGUUUUCUGAUGCAGAAAGAUCAAAACUUUCACCGUAAGGCCAAGGAAAAUCACUUCAUGGAUGAAAUGGGUGACAGAAAUAUGCACAUUCGGUAUGAUUCAUCGGCAUUUGAUGCGGUGUUUCCCCCAUGUGCGAAGCUUAGGCCGUUCAAUGGCGUUGAACUCGAGCCUUCCACUGUAUGUCCGAAGAACUUUAUCGUUCUCGAUCAAACCCACGACAGGAGCCAAGUGAUGUACCAUCCUGACAUGACCCGGAAGCUCAAUUCCCCGGCCCUGAAUGCUUUCGCGAGUUCGUUUCAAAACGAGCAUGCCCGGGAAUGGUUUAGUAACUAUGAACAAGAAGCAUCCUCGUCCUCCUCUCAUAAAGAGGAUUCAGACGAGAUUGAUGCAUUACUGAGCUGUGACGACGAUGAAGAAGAAGAAGAAGAAGAUGAAGAAUAUGAUACGGGAGAAGUCUAUACAGAAUCUCCUUGCUCGGGCUAUGGUUGGAAAGAGUCUGGAAACAGCAGCUGUAACAGUGGUGAGAAGAGACGGGAGAAGACGAAGAAGAUGAUGAAGAUGCUGAGAAGAAUUGUUCCUGGUGGAGAACAAAUGGAUACAGCUUCUGUUCUUGAUGAAGCUGUUCAAUACCUCAAGUCACUCGAACUCGAUGCACAGAAGAAGAAGCUCGGAAAUGGGAAUUUCAAGAUCAAACCUUGAACCCUUUCCCUCUCCCUCUGCCUUGAACCCUCUCUCUCCCCCUCUGCCUUGAACUCUCUCUCUCCCUCUCUCUCUCUCUCUCUCUCUCUCUCUCUCUCUCUGUGCCUCUUCAGGAUGGUACCUAAAACUCUCUCUCUCUAGGAUGGUAUGUUGAUCUCCAUAUUGACUUAGUGUUGUUUGCUUGGAUGAUGAAGUGACGCUUUAGUACUCAGUAUUGGUCCAAUCCUUUCAUAUAUGAUCAAAACAUUUGAUAUGUUUGGUAACCUUUUUACUAUAUUA